GUUUAUAAAGAGUCCUCUUUUUAAUUAAUUUCAAAUGCCUGUACUAAUAUUCCAGAAGAUUUUUAUAUUUAGACGCUAUAAAUGGAAUAUUUGCAACAUAUUAGAGUAAGGAAGACUACCCAUUAAAACCCAACAAAAUAAUGGUAAUAGAAUUGAUAAACUCAGUAAAACUUAGCAAUAACCUUUUGUUUUUCAAGGUCAUACUUUUUUUAUCAAAAAAUUAAAUUUUCCAACAAUAAAGCAGUAUAGUAUGGCUUUCAAAUUAAUAAUAUAGCAUCAGGUUGGAAAGAUUGGAAUACACAAGAAAUAUUAUUAACAUUUUACUCAUAAAUAGCCACAUAAUAUUUCGAUUAAGAAAUGGAAUUAGAGACAAAAUUGCAGUUUAUAGAAAUAGAAGAUCCUAAUUUGAUUGUGUAAAAUUUCAAUAAAAUUCAUCAAAUUUACUUAAUUCUUAAUAAGAUCAUUAAGAACAAUUAAUUUAAUAAUCAAUAAAAUUGAGAUCAUUGGGAUAUGUUUAUAAAGGUGUAUUGAAAUAUGAAGUCUGGGCUUUGAAGCAACAAGAUAAAUAAAGAUUAAAGCAAUCAAAUAAUUUGGACUAUGUUUUGACUGAGGUUAAAAUUUUAAGAACAAUUAAUCACCGUUUUAUUUAAAACUAUUUAAUGUGUAAUAAAUAAUUUAAAACUUUUUUUUUUAACUUUUCAAAUAACAAAAACUUUUUAUUUAAUUGCUAGACAGAUUAUUAAUUGGAUGAAUAGUCCUUGCUAUUGAGCAUUUGCAUAAGCACGAUAUCUUAUACAGGGAUCUAAAGCCAGACAAAAUUUAAAUAGAUGCUUCAAGUUAUGUAUAACCAAUAGAUUUUGAGUUGUGUAAAUUUAUAAUUGAGAAUGAAUUAACAUAUACACUAUGUGGAUCUCCAGCAUACCUUGCACCAGAAGUUCUCAACAAUAAUGGAAUGUCAAUGUCAACAGAUCACUACUAAAUAAGGUUAUUAUUAUAUGCAAUGCUUACUGGAUAUCCUCCAUUUUAUAAAAGAGAGAUAAAUGUAUUAAUCAAUAGAAUGAAAAAUGAAUCUAUACAUAUCCCAAUGAAUAUGAAUUAGGAUGCUAAGGAUCUUUUAAAGUUAAUUUUUAAAAAGGAAUGCUUUGGAGAGAAUAAACAUUGAGUAAAUGAAAAACAUAAGUUUUUUGAACAUCUAGAUUGGAACUUAUUGGAAAAAAAGAGAUGAAAAUUCUAUAGCUAAUUAAAGUUUUCCCUUAAUCUCAAAAAGCUAGACAAGAUUUA